CGCGCUCGGAACGCAGCGCCCCAACCAUGGCUUCGGGCCCCGCGGAGGCGGAGACCCGGCAGAGACUGCUGCGCACGGUCAAGAAGGAGGUAAAGCAGAUCAUGGAGGAGGCUGUCACUCGCAAGUUUGUCCACGAAGACAGCAGCCACAUCAUCUCCUUUUGCGCGGCGGUGGAGUCCUGCGUCCUGCACGGGCUGCGGCGGCGGGCAGCGGGCUUCCUGCGCAGCAACAAGAUCGCAGCUCUCUUCAUGAAGGUGGGCAAGAGCUUCCCACCAGCCGAGGAGCUGAGCCGCAAGGUCCAGGACUUAGAGCAGCUGAUCGAGAGCGCGAGAAACCAGAUCCAGGGCCUCCAGGAAAAUGUGCGGAAGCUGCCGAAACUUCCCAACCUGUCCCCACUUGCCAUCAAACACCUGUGGAUCCGUACAGCCUUGUUUGAGAAGGUCCUGGACAAAAUCGUGCAUUAUCUUGUGGAAAACAGCAGUAAAUACUACGAGAAGGAAGCUCUCUUGAUGGACCCCGUGGACGGCCCCAUCCUUGCGUCUCUGUUGGUGGGGCCCUGCGCCCUGGAGUACACCAAGAUGAAGACUGCGGAUCACUUCUGGACCGAUCCCUCGGCCGACGAGCUCGUGCAGAGACACCGCAUCCAUAGCUCACACCUGCGGCAGGACUCGCCCACCAAGCGUCCAGCCCUCUGCAUUCAGAAGAGGCAUUCGAGUGGGAGCAUGGAUGACCGGCCAUCCCUCUCUGCCCGUGAUUACGUUGAGUCCUUGCACCAGAACUCCCGGGCCACCCUGCUUUAUGGCAAGAACAAUGUCCUGGUCCAGCCGAGGGAUGACAUGGAGGCUGUGCCAGGGUACCUGUCCUUGCACCAGACGGCCGACGUCAUGACCUUGAAGUGGACACCCAACCAGCUGAUGAAUGGGUCUGUGGGGGACCUGGACUAUGAGAAGAGCGUCUACUGGGACUUCGCCAUGACCAUCCGCCUGGAGGAGAUUGUCUACCUGCACUGCCACCAGCAAGUGGACAGCGGCGGAACAGUGGUGUUGGUCAGCCAGGAUGGGAUCCAGAGGCCGCCCUUCCGCUUCCCGAAGGGUGGGCACCUCCUGCAGUUCCUCUCGUGCCUGGAGAAUGGGCUGCUCCCUCACGGGCAGCUGGACCCGCCUCUCUGGUCCCAGCGGGGGAAGGGCAAAGUGUUUCCCAAACUGCGCAAGCGAAGCCCUCAGGGUUCCGCCGAGUCCACAUCCUCGGACAAGGAAGAUGACGAGGCCACGGAUUACGUGUUCAGGAUCAUCUACCCCGGCGUGCAGUCUGAGUUUGCCCCCCAGGACAUGAUGGAUGUCUCUGUAGGCAACCUGCCACCCCUGUGGCAGCCCAGUCCCCGGAAGUCUUCCUGCUCGUCCUGCUCACAGAGUGGCUCUGCUGAUGGUGGCUCUACCAAUGGCUGCAACCACGAGAGGGCUCCUCUGAAGCUUCUCUGUGACAAUAUGAAGUACCAGAUCCUUUCCAGAGCCUUCUAUGGAUGGCUUGCCUACUGCAGACAUCUGUCCACCGUGAGGACCCACCUGUCCGCCCUGGUCAAUCACAUGAUUGUCUCUUCAGACUCACCCUGCGACGCUGGGCACGGGCUGACCGCUGGGAUCUGGGAGCAGUACCUCCAGGACAGCACGAGUUACGAGGAGCAGGAGCUGCUUCGCCUCAUUUACUAUGGGGGCAUCCAGCCUGAGAUCCGCAAGGCUGUGUGGCCUUUCCUCCUGGGCCACUACCAGUUUGGAAUGACAGAAACAGAAAGGAAGGAGGUGGACGAGCAGAUUCACGCUUGCUACGCACAGACCAUGUCUGAGUGGCUGGGCUGCGAGGCCAUCGUGCGGCAGAGGGAGCGGGAGUCCCACGCCGCUGCCCUGGCCAAGUGCUCGUCAGGGGCCAGCCUGGACAGCCACCUGCACCGGAUGAUGCACCGGGACUCCACCAUCAGCAACGAGUCCUCCCAGAGCUGCAGUUCUGGCCGCCAGAACCUCCGCCUGCAGAGCGACUCCAGCAGCAGCACACAGGUCUUCGAGUCGGUGGAUGAGGCAGAGCACGUGGAGGCCGAAGGCAGGUCGGAGGAGAAACAGCCCAAGAUCCCAAAUGGAACCCUGGUGAAUGGCACGUGUUCCCCGGACUCCGGCCACCCUUCCUCCCACAACUUCUCCUCCGGGCUCUCAGAGCACUCAGAGCCCAGCCUGAGCACGGAAGACAGCGUCAUGGACGCCCAGCGAAGCGCCGCCCUGGUGCUUCGGCCCUGCGACAGCAGCGUGGAUGAUGGGCAGAGCAGCGAGGCCACCACUUCCCGGGACGAGGUCCCCUGCGAGGAGCUGGCCGUGCAGGACAGCCUGGAGAGCGACCUCCUCGCCAAUGAGAGCAUGGACGAGUUCAUGUCUGUCCCCGGCAGCAUGGACGUGGCGCUUCCUGAGAAGGAGGGCCCCUCGCCGGAGGGCUGUGCGGGCGGCAAGGCCGAGAAGCACAGCCACGCGGGCAGCGAAGACGACCUCUCAGAGGAGCCCGAGAUGGAGAGCCUUUUCCCUGCCCUGGCCUCCCUGGCCGUCGGCACCUCUGCCAACAGCGAGGCGUCCCCCGUGUCUUCCAGCGGAGUCACCUAUUCCCCAGAACUGCUGGACCUGUACACGGUGAACCUGCACCGCAUUGAGAAGGAUGUGCAGAGGUGCGACCGCAACUACUGGUACUUCACCCCUGCCAACCUGGAGAAGCUGCGCAACAUCAUGUGCAGCUACAUCUGGCAGCACAUUGAGAUCGGCUAUGUCCAGGGCAUGUGUGACCUCCUGGCCCCGCUGCUGGUCAUUCUGGAUGACGAGGCCAUCGCCUUCAGCUGCUUCACGGAGCUCAUGAAGAGGAUGAACCAGAACUUCCCCCACGGAGGCGCCAUGGACACACACUUUGCCAACAUGAGGUCACUAAUCCAGAUCCUGGACUCUGAGCUCUUCGAACUGAUGCAUCAGAAUGGGGACUAUACGCAUUUCUAUUUCUGCUACCGCUGGUUCCUACUGGAUUUCAAACGAGAACUUGUCUAUGAUGAUGUCUUCUCCGUCUGGGAGACCAUCUGGGCAGCCAGACACGUCUCGUCCGCCCACUAUGUCCUGUUCAUCGCGCUGGCUCUGGUGGAGGUCUACCGUGACAUCAUCUUGGAGAACAACAUGGAUUUCACAGACAUCAUCAAAUUCUUUAAUGAAAUGGCCGAAAGACACAACACCAAGCAGGUCUUGAAGCUGGCCCGGGACCUCGUGUACAAGGUGCAGACUCUGAUAGAGAACAAGUGAGGCCCCCGGGGUGUCAGCCAGCCGCCUCCCGGCCCCGGCUGUGGGAGAGACGCUCCGGUGUCUGUUCGCGAGCUUGGACUUCUGUGCAAAUGGAAACGGCCCGGCCUUCGCCACCAGGCAGAUGGGGUGCGGGGGUUGCCCCUUCGGUUUGGCCUUAUGUUUUCCUGCUUGACCAAAGAUUGCCCCGGUCUGGGACUUCUCCCUUGCAGGAGUUGAGGGUUGGUGAUGGACCGGAGGGGAGGUGGUCUCCAGAAUGCUCUCCUCUCUCUUCUCUACCCCACCCCUUGAAACGGGGUGAAUUUGAAACUUGGGGAGAGGAUUGGGGGGGGAACUGUUGGAGGGGAGGUCUUUGGGGCGACCUCUACUUGCUGAAAGGGGCCUUUGGAGGUGUCCGGAGCAGAGCUGGCGGAUUGGCUGC